CCCAGGGCCGGGUGGUGUCGGCGCGGCACCGGUCAUGGGGCGCAGGAAAGUGGUUCGCGGACCGGGGGCCGAGGGCGCCCACACGCGGCGUCGCCCGGGCCACUCCCUGGAGGCCUUCGCCAAGGAGGUGGACGCCGCUUUGCGGGCGUCCGUGGAGCCCGAGGAGGACGAGGGCGGCGCGGGCCCGGCAGCGCUGCCCUGCGCGCUGGCUAUGUGGGAGCUGGGCCACUGCGACCCCCGGCGUUGCACCGGCCGCAAGCUGGCCCGGCUGGGCCUGGUGCGCUGUCUGCGCCUGGGCCAGAGGUUCGGCGGCCUGGUUCUCAGCCCCAUGGGCACCCAAUAUGUGUCCCCCGCAGACAGACAGCUGGUGGCACAGUCUGGGGUUGCAGUCAUAGACUGCUCCUGGGCCAGGUUGGAUGAGACACCCUUUGGGAAGAUGCGAGGGAGCCACUUGCGGCUGCUUCCCUACCUGGUGGCUGCCAACCCUGUAAACUAUGGCCGGCCCUGCAGACUUUCCUGCGUGGAAGCUUUUGCUGCUGCCUUCUGCAUCGUAGGCUUUUCAGAUCUUGCCGUCAUCUUACUGCAGAAGUUUAAGUGGGGCAAGGGUUUCUUGGACCUGAACCGCCAACUCCUGGACACAUACGCAGCCUGCAGUGGACCAGAGGAGGUGCUACAGGCAGAGCAGGAGUACCUGGCCAGUGCCAAGCAUACUCCCCAGGAGGAGGAAAUUGACCCCUUUGAUGUGGACUCAGGGCGAGAGUUUGCAAACCUCAACAGGCCUGUGACCAGCACCCGGCUGCCCACAGAUAUAGAUGACAGCAGCGAGUCUGAAGACCAGGGGCCUGCCGAGGAUGAAGGAGGCAGUAGCUGCUCUCCAGAGGAGGAGACUUCAGAACCAAGGACUGAGGCCAGGACCCCAACUGAGACUUGGAAAGAUAUCAAGAAACAGCAGAGAGACUGAGAAUUGUAGACACCACAUACAUUGUUGAAGCUGUGUGAUAACAAAGUCCAGGAAUGUGGGGACAGCCAGGCCUGGCAGCGUUGUGCUCCUCUCCACAUGGGAAUAACCUUGCUUGAGAUACUCUCAAUGAAACUACAGGUUGAGAAGUA